UUCUCUUUGUCCUUCGCCGCCACGUGAGAGGCGAGUGUGCUGGUGUCUGCAUUCUCCCAACCCUGUCCAGGCCGUGUCGGGGUCCAACGGAUCUGCAGGACUGAGGCCCGCAGGCCGGGGCGUUGUGCUGGCCGGGGGCGGGGCGGCGGCGACUCGGGGUCCGCGAUCGGUCACGUGGUUCCGGGUCCUGCGCAUCCGAGGCCGGCGGCCUGGGGGGCGAUCAUUGAAAGGCGCUACCUUCCGCACGUGGCUUCCCUGGAUGUCUUCGGCUGCCAGCCCAGAUCAGGUUCGGUUGAAGGGCUGGGACCCGAUGGCUGAACAGAAAGCGUUUAUUGUAACGUGAUGCUGAGUGGAACGACGGCAUGGUGAUGAAGGCUGCUCCUUCCUUAAGAUAAAUGUCAGGGCUGUCUCAGAGAGUACUGCAGUGCCAUGCAGGAAACUGCCAAGCCCACAGAUCGUGUGUGAGAUAGGAAAGUAGGCUCUAACCAGCAGCUGAUCUCUGCAAAGACCUCGCCACGACCUCAGCAGAGUUUCGGGAAGAAGCAGAAGAGACGCAGGAUAGAAAGCUCUCAGACUUGCUAAUCAUUCCCCACAGGGAACAGAAAAUGACCAUGUUACAGAACGCAAUGGAGACAGUGACGCGGUGGCAUUCCCUGGUCCUGCUGUGAUGAGAGCGGUGCCCCCCUCGGAGGCCCUGACGACUGCUGCAGACUCACUGGGAUUGUGCUUUCACAGGACUCAGUGUCAUUUGAAGAUUUAUCCAUCGACUUCACCCAGAAGGAAUGGCAACUGCUGGAUGCCUGUCAGAAGGACUUAUACAAGGACGUCAUGUUGGAGAACUACAGCAGCCUGGUGUCCCUGGAUCAGAGUUUCCUGGACUGGGACACCAGGGAAGGUGUUUGGAGCUCACGUUCCAGCAAAGUCUCAAUCUCCUUGUGCAGCCUCUGAAUCUCACAUCGAUGGUGCCAGUGGGGUGGUGGUGCCUCCGGCACAUAGCUUCCUGGAUACCACACUCUGUUCAGUCACAGACCAAUCCUGUUUGGCAGGGUAUGAAGUUACAAAACCGGAUGUCAUCUUCAAGUUAGAGCAAGGACGAGAGCCGUGGACAGGUGGUGGAGCGCUGCCCAGCUCAGGGUCCCUGGAACAAGUCUUACAAGUCAAUGGUCACAUGACGUGGCACCAGGAUAACCAAGAGAAGCUUAAAAAUUCGAAACAAGAUCAUGAAUGUGAUGCAUUUGGAAAAAAUUUCAAUCUGAACAUAAACUUUGUUCCUUUAAGGAAAUCAAACAAUAAAGGUGAUGUAGAUGGAUUAAUUUUAAAACAUCAUUUAGACUUACUUAUACCAAAAUCAGAUUAUGGCAAAACAGAACCAGGUGACUUAAAUAUAUUUGAUAAAUUGUUUCUCCAUACCAAGCCUGAGGAAAGUGAUAGUUGGUUAAAAUACUACGAAAGUGAUAAAUUUGAUAAAGUUAACUAUAAGAAAUCACAGAUUAUCAUAUAUCACAGAACUCGUUUAGGGGAUAAACUUUAUGAAUGCAGUGAAUGUAGGAAACGCUUCAGUAAGAAAUCAAGUCUCAUUAAACAUCAGAGCAGACAUUUGAGAGAGAUAGCCUAUGGCUGUGGUAAAUGUGGUAAAACUUUUCCCCAAAAGUCACAGUUUAUUACACAUCACAGAACUCAUACAGGAGAGAAGCCUUAUGAUUGUAUCCAGUGUGGGAAAGCCUUCUCCCAAAAGUCACAGCUCACAUCCCAUCAGAGGACACACACAGGAGAGAAACCGUACGAAUGUGGUGAAUGUGGGAAAGCCUUCUCCCGGAAGUCACAUCUUAUAUCACAUUGGAGGACACACACAGGAGAAAAACCCUAUGGGUGCACUGAAUGUGGGAGGGCAUUUAGCGAAAAAUCAAAUCUCAUCAAUCAUCAGAGAAUUCACACAGGGGAGAAACCUUUUGAAUGCAGAGAAUGUGGGAAAGCUUUCAGCAGGAAGUCACAGCUCGUUACACAUCACAGGACUCACACAGGAACAAAGCCGUAUGGGUGUAGUAAUUGUAGAAAAGCCUUCUUUGAGAAAUCAGAGCUCAUUAGACAUCAGACAGUUCAUACUGGAGAGAAGCCCUAUGAAUGCAGCGAGUGUCGGAAAGCAUUCAGAGAGAGGUCAAGUCUCAUUAACCAUCAGAGAACCCACACAGGAGAGAAACCUCAUGGGUGCAUUCAGUGUGGUAAAGCCUUCUCCCAGAAGUCCCAUCUCAUUUCACAUCAGAUGACACACACAGGAGAGAAACCCUUUGUGUGCAGUAAAUGUGGGAAGGCCUUUAGCAGGAAAUCCCAGCUUGUUAGACAUCAGAGAACUCAUACAGGAGAAAAACCCUAUGACUGCAGUGAAUGUGGGAAAGCUUUCAGUGAGAAAUUAAGCCUCACUAAUCACCAGAGAAUUCACACAGGAGAGAAACCCUAUGUAUGCAGUGAAUGUGGGAAAGCCUUUUGUCAGAAGUCACAUCUCAUAUCACAUCAGAGGACACACACAGGAGAGAAACCCUAUGAAUGCACUGAAUGUGGGAAAGCCUUUGGAGAGAAGUCAAGUCUUGCAACUCAUCAGAGAACUCAUACGGGAGAAAAACCCUAUGAGUGCAGCGAGUGUGAGAGAGCCUUCUCCCAGAAGUCACAACUCAAUACUCAUCAGAGAAUUCACACGGGAGAGAAACCCUUUGAAUGCGGUCUUUGUAGGAAAGCUUUCUUUGAGAAGUCAGAGCUAAUAAGACAUCAGAGAACUCAUACAGGAGAAAAACCUUAUGAAUGUAGUGAAUGUAGAAAGGCCUUCAGGGAGAAGUCAAGUCUCAUCAAUCAUCAGAGAAUACACACAGGAGAGAAACCGUUUGAAUGCAGUGAGUGUGGCAAAGCCUUCUCUCGGAAAUCACACCUCAUACCACAUCAAAGGACCCAUACAGGAGAGAAACCCUAUGGGUGCACUGAAUGUAAGAAGGCUUUCUCUCAGAAGUCACAACUUGUUAAUCACCAGAGAAUUCAUACAGGGGAGAAGCCUUAUCAAUGCAAUGAAUGUGGGAAAGCCUUCUCACAGAAGUCACAGCUCAUUAAUCAUCAGAGAACUCAUACAGUAAAGAAAUCCUAGAAACGGAGUUACUAUUAGGCUUUGAUAAAGAUCUUACCUCAUUGUACUUCAGAAAAUGCAGUUCUGGUAAAUCUUUCAGAUAAGAGAUACUUCACCUUAUAUGUCUGAGUAGUCAGAGUAGGAACUCUAAAAUGGUUAUGUAGGGAAAGCUUUCCGCCCAUUCACAUGUUUAUGUUGUCAAUUCAUAGAAUAGAAUGAGCCUGUGAAAUGCAGUGGAUCCAAAAAUCUUUCAAACCAUAGUCAGAUCUUAAACAGUGGAAAAAUUAACAGCAAAGAGGAACACUGUAAAUAUCAGAAAGCCUCUGGAGAUCAAAUUGCAUUAGCUGUUAGAAAAUUCCCACUGGGCAUAAAGCCUAAUCCAGUAAGUGAAAGAAAACCCCAUGAAUGUGGCAAUUGAGGUAAUAUUUUCAUCAAGAAAUGACAGCUCAUUGUACAUAAGAAAUGUCCUCAGAAAUGUAAACUUCUAUGAACUUACUAAAUAUGGGACAGUCUUCACUAGGUAAUCCAAGCAUAUUGUAUUUUGUAGAAUUCAUACUGUGAGCAAACUUAACAAUUAAAAGACACUGGAAACAUAUGCCCCUAGACAUAGUGCUAUAAAUGAAAGCCAUAUACUUUUUAUAGACAUGGGCAUCCAAAAUACCCAAUUCUAAGUGGUUGACAGGUGCUCACUCUGAAGUACGAAGUUUAAAUAUAGGUGAAUAAAUUGAAUCAUUGAAACACCUAAAUAAGAAAUUUCUUAGUGGUAUUUAUAGCUAAUUUUCCUUUGUCACGUGUUCUAUAUGUGGCGAUUCCAUAUGAUAAUGUAAUUGGGAGCAUGAGAUGCUCAUGCCUUGUUGUGCCUCUGAUGUCUGUCAUGAUACCACAUGCCACUGGUUUUCCUAUCUCACUAACACUAUAAAAAUGGUAACUAAUGACAUGUCUUCUUGCUAAAUCAGUAGCUUAAGUAAUAAUACCACAUCUCUUUUCCUUAUGGUUUGUUGGCAUAUAAAAGGGGUCUCUUGUUACUGAGCUUUCUCCUCAGUAAUAAAAGCCCGCAUUAUAUAAAGUUUUCUGCAUUCUCAGAGUCCGAGAGAUAGAUGAUAGAAAACCCGGGUAAAAAGUAUUCAAAGGCAGGAAACAGAAUAGCAAUAGUGAUUCCUGAUCUACUGAUGAGCAAAGGAAAGGAGUUGUGUGAACCCUGACUCAGCACCCCACCUAACUGGAAGCAGUGCUGUACAGAGUCUUCUCAUUGCGUGAGAUGCCUCCACGUGUCAAGUUUAUGUAUCUGAAGUGCAAUAUAACCCAAGUACAACCUACACUUUAAUUUACUAUGGUAAAAUAUGGAUUUUGUGUGCUGCCAUUACGUUUUUGGUGUUUCAUUAAAUAUCUUGUAAAAAUUAGAUGAAGAACAUAAUUACUUAAGAGUCACUGUUCAGAAAAUGUAAAAUACAGAUAAUUUUGUGGUGAGAAAUAUAUUUUUGAUGUAUUCAAGGAAGCCUGUUUCGCCUUCCUGCAAACAAACUUCUGUGAUCAGUGGAUAAGUAUUAGGAAACAAGAUUUUCAUUAUGUCAUCCGUUAGAGGAUUUGUGCUUCACCUUCCGUUACCAGUUGCAUCCAUCACAUGGCAAUCUUCCCAUUUUGAAUUUCCCCUUAAGUAUGGUGCCCUUUGAAAAUUCAUGAACUACCCUCAGCUUAGUUAGAAUUUGUAGCGAUCUCUGUACAUUGUUGCUUGACAAAGUCAGCUGUCGUUUUGUGUGCAGGUGAAAUGCAGAGAAGUCCAACAUUGACCUUGUUUCCACACUUGGAAAAAAUCAAGACUUCUCAUACACGAGUUUUGUCAGUAUGGUGGAUUGGACCUUUGAUUCUAGAAGUAUUUUUUCCUUUAAUUUCCAAUCUUAUAUCAUUGUUGAAAAAUUUUACUGUAACUGCGAGUAAUUUUCUAAAUUACUGUACCUGAAUUUCAACAGCCAGAUAAUUAUGUCUUUCCACAUGGUAAUUUUAAAAGCAUCAAAUUUGCCAAAUUUUUAUGGACUGUGAAAUUUAUGGACUAACUACUUUUCUGCCUAAUACCUGAAGGUCAUUUUACCAGAUGGGUAAACAGACCUUUGUAAAUGAACCAAUAGUUACAGCGUGAUGUUUUACUUUAUGGUUUUCCUCCUUUUUUUUCUUUCCAUCAUUAUUCUCAUCCCUAGUCCCAGAGAUUGACUCAUUAGAUCUUGAAUAGAACUCAGGAGUCUGUUAUCUAAAAACAUUCCUGACUUUCUCAUUCCAACUCUAUAUUUUUUAUUAAAUGUUAAGCAGUUAAAACUGGUACUUCCUGCAGUAGAUAUUGGAACUUUGGCAUUGCCCUAUUGGUUUAAUAUCCAAGAGGGUUUUGUUUGUUUUUGUAAGGGUCAGGUGUUAGACGCAGUGAGGGCUGACAAUGGCAACAGCCAUCUUGUUUACCUGAAUACCUGAUGCAGAGCCCAGGUUUGUGGUGUUGACCUCACUGAGAGCCUCUGUGCUCGAGUUUCACAAGGGGCCUGAUUCUGAAAUUAGAGAGUUUCAGUUUCAGAUUUUCAAAUUACUUGGUAACCAACAAAAAAAGGCAUCCCUACAUGUCUGUUCAUUGAUUUGUACCACAAACCCCACAUCAAGAAGGCAGUUUCAGACUGGAUUUACCUAAUUUCAUGGAGCAUUAAGUUACAUGGAGACAGAAUACUUAAGGAGACCAAGUGUAGGAAGCACCACCUUCCUACAUUUUACUACCCAGUUUCUCCCCCUGGCCUGGAGGCAGUUCUACAGAGGACAAUUUCUAUGAUACUCUUUUUCAUAAAUAAUGGAUGUUUUGGGGGUCCAGUUUGUGAAUUUUGAGGCCUGUCCAGGAAUGCCUUCUCUUUAGCUUUUUGGUAUCUUCUGACACUGUUAACCUCUGUAUGGAUCCACAUGUUCCUGAUAUUUUGGUUUCAAGAACAUCACUUGUGGAACCCUGAGAUAAAACAAACCUAAAGAAUAUCUGAUUAAUCUGACAAUAUCUGUAUUAAACAGUAGAAUAUAGAUCAAUAGUCAUUUAUCUACACUUGACACUUCAGUCAUUUUGCCAUUUAUUCCAGCAAUGUAUGCCCACGUUGCCAGUGUCAGUGGGCUUCUUAUUCUACAAACAUAGUACCAAAAGCUUUCAGAUGUGCAGUCCCUAGUCCUGGCCUGAGUGCUGGCAAACUGACCCAUGACCCUUGCAGCUGGAUGCAUAUUUCUUGCACCUUCAUUCGUUUUUAGUCUAUUUUCACACUCAACAUAGUUAUUUUAAGAUACAAUUCUGAUUACACCUGUGUUGGAAUAUUGUGUGGCUAAUUGUGGAUUUAAGAAAGUGUAAUAUACUCAUGGUAUGUGAGGGCUCUUAUACAAAUACAUGCCUACCCAUCAUUUCUGAACUUUAUCUUUCUUCCUACACACUAUAAUUUUGGCCACCUCAAACUAUUUCUAUAAUCUCGCAUGCUUUUUGCAGAUCUACCACUGAAAUAUCCUUGUUUCUUGUUAAUGCCUAUCCAACUUAGAUGAACCUGUACAUGGACUUGUCACUGUGACAAUAUACUCAUUGCAUGUUUGUCUUUUUCCAUUAGAAAGCUGGGACUAUCUUGUUUGUCUAUGUAACUUUAGCAACUGAAGCUUUAAUAAAUAAGUGUGGGUGCUAUCAAUAGCUGUGAUUUUUACGGAAUGAAGCAUGGUCUGCAGUGAGAGACAAGAAUGAAGCCAUUGUGGAAGCAAAGUCCAGCAACAGUCCUGACUGUGCCCCCACAUCUGGUGCUCGGCAUAUUCACCACUGCCCUUUCUAUGCCUUGAUCGUUGGGUUUUUCCAUGAGACAACAAAAAUAUCCUUCUAAUAAAUCCCCAUGUUUGCUUCAGCUGGUUCAAGUGUGUUUGUUACUUAAACCCAAAUAUUCCUAACCGGCUAAGUCAGGCUGCAUCUCCAAGGUGGCCUCUCUGGAAGCAGAUGCUGACAUGAAGUUUUGGGUGCAGGAUGUUUAUAGAGGAUCAAUGGCUGUGAAGUGAUGGGAGAAUAAAUAGGAAAAGACUGAUCAGAGCAAGAAGUCAGAAUGCACUGUAGGCUGUUGAAAUUCUGGCCAAGCCAGUUAGGGAGCUCUGAAGCACGUACUCAUUAGUGUCCUGUGUCUGGUCCAGUCGGCCAGGCACUUACAGCCCUGAG